UUUUGUUGUUGAGUUGUUUUAUCAGUUUUAAUUAUUUUAACAGACCACAACAGCUUGAUAUAAGCUGCAAAUACUCUUUUCGAUGACAGUUUAGUAGUAGUUACUCGAUUAAAUCAAAAGAAGCUUAAGAAUACAGUUUGAAAGCAUAAAAAAUCAAUAAUUCCAAAUUAUUGCGAAAUCCUUGAAAUAAAAUAAUUAACAAGUCAAGCUAGCAACAUGAGCACAUCAGAUAUCCAAGAAUUUAAUGCCAAUUUCGAUAAUUUCAAGAAGAUUUACGAAGAAUGUCUCGAAUUAUUGUCAAAUGGCAUCGAACAAGAGACAGUUGAUGAAGAAUCGGCACUGAAGACAUACAAAACAACCAUAGAACUGAUUGAUAAAGCUAUGAAUAUACCAAUUUCCUUUCCAAAUAAUCAAGAUUCUGAAGAAAUCAAUGAAAAGAUAAAAGAUCUGAAGAAAAUCAUCUACAACUUCAAAAUGCAAAGGUCAGAGAUUCUAUUACGCAUAGGAACCAUUUAUCGUCGGAAGGAAGAUGAAGACAAUGCAGCAUUUAUAAAGAAAAGAAAAGCAGAAGACACAACAGCCAAUGGGUCGCCAAAAAGACGCGCUAGAACUUACAAUGAACUUGAAAGUGUCUUAAAGGACAUUGGGAAGGUCCAACAAAGUGCUGAAACCCGUGAAAAUAUUUUAGAGAUCUUAUUCUGUUGUGGUGGUGUUCAAUUAUACUAUAUUGAGGCUAAUGGAGAAGUUGUGAGCUCAUUUGAGGAAUAUGUUUUGAGAAUUAUAAGACUUGGAUCCGAUUUUGAGAAGAAUCUCGAUGAAACUAUCUUCCUUCAGCUUAUUAAAACGUCAGAGACAUCAAUUGAGAUUGGACAAGAUGUUGCUGAAUGCUCAACAUCCAGAGAAAAUGAAAAGGAUGUUCAAGAACAGCAGCAAGAUCCAUCAUUUGUAUAUCCAUUGAUUCCAGGAGUUUCUCCUUUAUUCCGUACCAAGUUUAAAGCCUUUGUCUUGCCAGAUUUGCAGAGUAAUGAUGGAUCAGCUAUUGGAAUGAUGAUUUCUGAGGAAUUUGAUGAUAUUGUCUUGGAUAUUUUGGUGACUAUCUUACAAGGUGUUGUUAAGGAAGACGGAGAAAUUGAAUUUGGUGAUUUUACCAAAAUUGGUGAACCGUCCAGAAUUAUUAGAUCUACAGGCGAUAAAUUGUCUGAAAAUAUUGUUACUGGUGCUUUCUGGAUCUCAAAGGGAUUAGUUAAAAGUGCUCAAAAAACUGGUGAAUUUAUUGACUACUCUACUCCAUACAUUCUGUCUAAAAUGCAAAAAGCAGAAAGUCCAGAACCAGUUUCUGAAAAAGUCAACACUUCAGUGACAGUAGCUAAAUCUGUGACUGGAUAUGCAGCACAAGGAACGUCGUUUUUAGCUGAGAAAGUUGGGGGUGCAAUGACUUCUUUCGGUAAAUUCUUGGCACCACAUGUACAGCAGCAAGGAGCUAAACUAUUAAGCUAUACAGUCGGAAUGGAAUCUUCACAGGCAGAAGUGACAAUGACUGAGACAUUGAAGAUUGCGAGUGGAGCUGCUGAAGCUAUUUCUACAAUUUAUGGCGGUUUAGAGACUAGUGCAGGCAUUUUGGGACGAAACUUGGCUGAUAAUUCCGUUAAAAUUGUUAAGCACAAGUACGGUGAAUCUUACGGAGAAGUUUCAGAAAAAGGAUUCGAUACAGUCGGAAAUUUAUGGGCAGUUAACAAAAGCUUUAACAUUCUAACACCAAAAGGCCUCGUCAAGUCAACAGCAAAGUCUGCAGGCAAAGGAAUCCUCAAUUCCGAUGAAUUUAAGCCAAAGAUGUACGUUAACAAAGAUUAUUUUACUGGUGCACCAACUCUCUAUCCAAACUUGGACAAUUUUGCUAGGGAAUUAAGCAAGACUAAGAAUUAAUAGGUGAUCUGAGACAGUGAUGAACUGUAUGAUAUUAUUUAAGUUGGGGAAAUUGCUUCUAUCUCAUGUUAAAAAUUUUAUUUAAAUAAAUGUGAUUACUAAUUGGAUGUGGA